AUGGGUGGAUGGAGAGGGGUAGACGGUCGUCCGGAGGGAGCGCAGUUCAAAUGCGAGGAUCUUGGUUGGAUCAUUGGACGUGACAUGCUGCAUGAAAACGACCUGAUUGACAUCCAAACGGACAUCGAGAUCGGGACGAGGGAAGGUUCUGGGCACAGCUCCGCCGCGACCGAUAAAGAAGAGGGGACCAUUCCCCAGGAAAAGGACCGCGGGCACAUUGCCAAAAGCAAGGCCGAAUCCCUUGCUUUUUUCGAUAACUUGUUCCCGCUCAAGCUUAGCUACGUCCUCCGCGGGCCUUGGCGCAAUGACACCCAGUUUAUCAGAUCGUUCGAAUCUGCGCGGUUUGGCUUGAACGACCCCGUCAACACUAUUCAGCGCGCGACGGCCGAUUUGCCUUUGAAGAUUACCGAAAUUGUGCCUCGUGUCAAGGAUGGUGGCGCUUUUGUUAAGUUUGCCUAUAACGAAGAUGUCCCUCUCAGUGAAAUCGAAGCCAAGCUCUCCCAGGUCCUCGAAGAAAAGGCCCUGAAACCAUGGUUCAACCCGUUCGCAAGAGUAACCGCUGGUAUCGUCCGUGGUAUCCCCUGGCUCGAAGACCUCAACCGGUUCCCCAAGAAUCGGAUCAGGGUCGAAUUCGUCCCGCGAGAGCCCGGCGAAAACGCCGUCGAGCUCUACCAGGAAACGCUGUACAGCCUCUUUAGACAAUACGGAAAGAUCGCCGAGAUCACCUCGCAGCCCGCAGACUCCAAGGUAGUUCCUCGCUUCGCGUACGUCGACUUUAUCCUCGUGCGUGAUGCCAUCAUGGCGAGGAAUUGUAUGCAUGGUUUCGUCGUCGGUGAGGCGCUUGGCGGCGGUAAGGAGGGAACCCGGCUUCGAAUCUCGUACGAGAAAAAGACCAAGCCGCAUAGCAUCUGGAAUUGGAUUACGUCGCACCCAAAACUGGUCAUUCCCCUCAUAGCUGCGAUGCUUGCGGCCCUGUCCGUAGUCAUCUUCGAUCCGAUCCGCAAGUUCUUUGUCAAGUCCUAUGUUAAGCAUAAGACAUCUGUUACGGCCAACAAGUUUAUCGGGUGGAUCAAAUCUAAGACGGACAGGCUCUGGAGCAGUAGCCGAAAGAAGGACAAGAAGCUGAGCCUCUCCGCCUUUUGGAACCAACGACAAGGCCUCAUCGAGGACAUUUCUUCCGGUCUGGCUGAUCCCUCGGGCACUUUUAUCGUCGUCCAGGGCUCCAAGGGAUCCGGGCGAUACGAACUCGUCGAGCAGGCCCUGAAAGAGCGGAAAUACGUCCUGAAUGUUGACUGCAAGGCCAUCAGCGAAGCAAACGGAGAGACAGGCGUUAUUCGAAAGUUAGCAGCCGCCGUCGGAUACCGUCCCAUCUUCUCCUGGGCCAACAGCAUCAGCAGCAUGAUCGACCUCGCCGUGCAGAGCACUACGGGAGUCAAGGCCGGAUUCUCAGAGACGUUCGAGGCUCAACUUGCCAAGAUCUUCCAUACCACCGCUAGCGCUCUUAAGGAGGUCUCGCUCUCCAGCCGACCCGACAAGGACACCGAAACGGAAGAAGCAUUCCUACAGUCUCACCCCCAGGACCGGACUGUUGUUGUUGUCGACAACUUCCUCUACACCAGCGAAGAGAACAAGUCGCGAAGCAACGUCAUCUACGACAAGGUGGCUGAAUUCGCCGCCACGCUCGUCCAGAACAACAUCGCCCACGUCAUCUUUCUCACCAGCGAUGUGUCCUUCGCCAAGGUACUUUCCCGAGUUCUCCCCGACCGAACCUUCCGCCACGUUGUCCUCGGCGAUUUGCCUCCCGAAGUUGCCAGAAAGUACAUCCUCACGCGCCUCGAGGAAGAAGAAGAACGCGAAGGAGCAAAGAGACCUGAGAAUGGAAAAGACGACGCCGCUAAGAAGAUCCCUAAGCCCGACCCCGUCGAGCUAGCAGCCAGCCUCGAAGUCAUCGGCGGCCGCCUCGAUGACCUCGAACUCUUCGCGACCCGCCUCAAGAGCGGCCAAAACCCCAACCAAGCUGUCGACGAAAUCGUCAACCUCUCCGCCUCCGAAAUCGUAAAGAACUACAUCACCCGCGACACCCCCUCCUCAGUUGACGACCAGAACCCCUGGACCGUCGAACAAGCCUGGUGGCUCAUCAAAACUAUCGCCGAACGUAAAUCCAUCACCUACGACGAAGCCCUCCUCAGCGCCCCCUUCUCCGCCUCGUCCACCUCCCCGCGUAAAUCGCUCGACGGCCUCGUAGCCACCGACCUCGUCUCGCUCAAAUCCCGCCGCGGGUUCCCCGUCUCCAUAGAAGCCGGGAAAGCCACCUACCGCGCCGCCUUCAAGCUGCUCGCCCGCGACGCGGCGCUCCGCGCGCGCAUGGAUCGCUCCGUGCUUUCGACGCUCGCCAAGGCCGAGAAGGCCAAGAUUGAGGCCGCCGAGAAGGAGUUGGCUGUGUUGGCGGGGUUGCCGCCUAAGGUGGCUGCUGAGGCGGGUGAGAGGGUGAGGUACUUGGUGGGGAAUUUGGCGGAGAGUCAGAGGAGGAUUGUGGAGUUUGAGGGGGAGAUGGGGAGGUUGAAGAGGGUUGGGGUUAGUGGGGGUGAGGAGAGCAAGCAGAAGAGCUGGUGGAGGAAGUGGUUCUGA